UGGCGGCACUGGAAUAUUUGAUACUUAUUUCUUUUUGUUUUUCAAAUCCUCUUUUGGAAUUGAAAGAAACGGAUCAUGCCUGAACCAGUUACUUUGUGCAGUAUUAAGAGAAUUGGAGAAGAUAAUUUGGCCUUUGAAUCAAAUGAGUCACAUAAUGGCAUCAGGAAAGCAACGAAUUUUGGUGGGAAAAAUGAAGCCUCUUCAAAGAACAACGCAAAGAUACCAGACAAGAAAAAAGAUGAGAUUCGGAUUGGAUUCUUUCAGCUGUUCAGAUUUGCUUCUUCAGCUGAGAUACUGAUGAUGCUUUCAGGGGCUAUCUGUGCCAUUCUUCAUGGAACAGCCCAGCCAGCCAUGUUGAUUGUUUUUGGGAUCAUGACGGACACAUUUAUUCAAUAUGACAUUGAAAAACAAGAGCUGCAGGACCCAAACAAAGGAUGCAUGAAUAACACAAUAGUUUGGAUUAAUAGCUCCCAUCCUCAGAAUGUCAGUAAUGCAUCAAUAAGUUGUGGGUUGCUGGAUAUUGAAAGUCAAAUGAUCUAUUUUGCAAGUUCCUAUGCAGUAACAGGCUUUGCUGUUCUGGUGCUUGGAUACCUCCAAGUUAGUAUUUACUUCUAUGACAUUAAUAAAAUAAAUGAUGCUAUUGCUGAUCAAGUCGCAAUCUUUAUCCAGCGCUUCACCACCUUUGUUUGUGGAUUCCUGCUAGGAUUUGUCAGAGGCUGGAAGUUGACCUUGGUUAUUAUUGCAGUCAGUCCUCUCAUUGGGAUCGGAGCUGGCAUAAUUGGCCUGUCUGUGGCAAAGUUGACAGGUCUAGAAUUAAAGGCUUAUGCAAAAGCUGGGGCCAUCGCUGAUGAAGUGCUCUCAUCGAUCCGAACCGUGGCCGCAUUUGGAGGAGAGAAAAAAGAAGUUGAAAGAUAUGACAAAAAUCUGGUGUUUGCUCAAAACUGGGGGAUCAGAAAGGGAAUCAUAAUGGGAUUUUUCACAGGCUACAUUUGGUGCAUCAUUUUCCUGUGCUAUGCGCUGGCCUUCUGGUAUGGCUCAAAACUUGUCCUUGAAGAAGAGGAAUAUUCUGCUGGCACCCUUUUGCAGGUUUUUCUCGGCGUCCUAGUAGGUGCCUUGAAUCUUGGUCAAGCCGCCCCUUGCUUGGAAGCCUUUGCAACAGGUCGAGGGGCUGCCACAAAUAUAUUUGAGACAAUAGAUGAAAAACCUAGAAUUGACUGUAUGUCAGAAGAUGGCUACAAACUGGACAAAGUCCGGGGUGAAAUUGAAUUCCAUAAUGUAACCUUCCAUUAUCCAUCCAGGCCCGAUGUUAAGAUUUUAGAUGAACUCAGCAUGGUUAUCAAGCCAGGUGAAACCACAGCCUUUGUUGGUCCAAGCGGCGCAGGGAAAAGUACCACAAUUCAGCUGAUCCAGCGCUUCUAUGACCCUACCGAAGGCAUGGUUACUCUCGAUGGACAUGACAUUCGCUCCCUUAACAUUCAGUGGCUGCGCUCUUUGAUGGGGGUGGUGGAACAAGAACCCGUCCUGUUUGCCACCACUAUAGCAGAAAACAUUUGCUACGGUCGGGAAGAUGCCACUAUGGAAGACAUCAUCAGAGCAGCCAAAGAAGCCAAUGCCUACCACUUUAUCAUGGAUCUGCCUCUGAAAUUUGACACCCUUGUUGGAGAAGGUGGCGGCCAAAUGAGCGGAGGCCAGAAGCAGCGAAUUGCCAUUGCUCGGGCUUUAGUUCGAAACCCUAAAAUCCUGUUGCUCGACAUGGCUACAUCAGCGCUGGACAAUGAAAGCGAGGCUACUGUGCAAAAGACACUUUCCAAGGCUCGUUUUGGGCGCACUGCAAUUUCCAUAGCUCAUCGCUUGUCCACGGUGAAAUCUGCUGACAUCAUAAUUGGGUUUGAACAUGGAAGAGCUGUGGAAAGAGGGAAACAUGAAGAGCUGAUAGAACGGAAAGGGGUGUACUUCACGCUGGUAACGUUGCAAAGCCAAGGCGACAAGGCACUCAUGGAAACAUCAAUGCAAAUAUCUGACCCGAGACUUGAAAAAAUGCAGUCUUUCAGCAGGGGAAGCUAUCAAGCAAGCUUGCGAGCAUCUCUUCGACAGCGUUCCAGAUCUCAGUUGUCAAACAUAGUCCCUGACCAUCCAGCAUCAAUUGUAGGAUCCUAUUCAGAGCGCAACUAUAGCGUAUCUCACUAUGAAGAAGAUGAAAUGCCAUUUAUCAAGGAACAAAUUCAUGAAAAGGAUGAGGAAGAAGUCGCACCUGCUAAUGUGACCAGGAUUUUGAAGUACAAUGCUCCCGAAUGGCCCUACAUGGUGCUUGGAUCCCUUGGGGCAGGGGUCAAUGGGGCAGUCAACCCUCUCUAUGCCUUGCUCUUCAGUCAAAUUCUUGGAACCUUUUCCGUGACUGAUGAAGAAGAGCAAAGAGCUCAGAUCAACGGUGUCUGCCUGCUCUUUGUGGUUGUUGGAAUCGUAUCGUUCUUCACCCAGUUCCUGCAGGGCUAUACGUUUGCAAAGGCCGGAGAAUUGCUUACACGACGCUUAAGGAAAAUUGGCUUCCAGGCGAUGUUAGGCCAAGAAAUUGGUUGGUUUGAUGACCAUAGAAACAGCCCAGGGGCCUUGACUACGAGACUAGCAACGGAUGCCUCUCAAGUUCAAGGGGCAACUGGCACACAGAUAGGCAUGAUUGUGAACUCGCUCACCAAUAUCGGAGUGUCCAUUAUUAUCGCUUUCUACUUCAGCUGGAAACUCAGCUUAGUCAUAACCUGCUUCUUGCCUUUCUUGGCUUUGUCAGGAAUGGUGCAGUCUCGAAUGCUGGUAGGCUUUGCAUCUCAGGACAAGAAAGCGAUGGAAGCUACUGGAAGGAUUUCCAAUGAAGCCCUUGCAAAUAUUAGGACCAUAGCUGGGAUUGGAAGGGAGAAAACUUUUAUCAAUGCUUAUGAGAAAAAGCUAGAAGUCCCCUACAGAGCGGCUAUUAAAAAAGCAAACGUUUACGGAGUUUGUUAUGGCUUUGCCCAGUGUGUUUUGUUCAUAGCCAAUUCUGUCUCUUACCGAUACGGAGGAUUUUUAGUCGAAAAGGAAGGACUUCACUACAGCUACGUAUUUAGGGUGAUUUCCUCCAUUGUAACUAGUGGAACGGCUUUGGGAAAAGCAUCCUCUUAUACCCCCAAUUAUGCCAAGGCUAAAAUAGCAGCUGCCCGUUUUUUUCAGCUGGUGGAUCGGAUUCCCCAAAUCAGUGUGUACAGUGACGUCGGAGAAAAAUGGGAUAAUUUCCAUGGAAGGAUUGAAUUUCUCAACUGCAAGUUCACGUAUCCAUCUCGUUCUGAUACCCAAGUGCUAAACGGCCUCUCUGUCUCUGUGAAAUCUGGGCAGACCCUUGCAUUCGUUGGCAGCAGUGGAUGUGGGAAAAGCACCUGUGUUCAACUUCUGGAAAGGUUUUAUGAUCCUGAUGAAGGAAAAGUGCUGAUAGAUGGCCGCGACACUCGGCAAGUGAACAUCCAAUUUCUUAGAUCUAAAAUAGGGAUAGUUUCUCAAGAACCGGUGCUGUUUGACUGUAGCAUUGUCGACAACAUUAAAUACGGGGAUAACAGUAGAGAAAUAUCUAUGGAUGAAGUGAUAACAGCUGCCAAGAAAGCCCAAUUGCAUGAAUUUGUGAUGUCACUCCCUCAAGAAUAUGAAACCAACGUUGGGGCUCAGGGGUCUCUACUGUCUCGAGGGCAAAAGCAGCGCAUUGCCAUCGCACGAGCCAUCGUUCGAGACCCUAAGAUCUUAUUACUGGAUGAAGCUACUUCUGCACUGGAUACAGAAAGUGAACAGACUGUGCAGGCUGCCCUGGACAAAGCUCGAGAAGGCAGGACCUGCAUUGUCAUUGCGCACCGCUUGUCCACCAUUCAGAAUUCGGACAUCAUCGCUGUCAUGUCUCAGGGAGUCAUCAUUGAGAAGGGCACUCAUGAAGAACUGAUGGCCCAGGAAAGGGCAUACUAUAAACUGGUCAGCACGGGGGCACCCAUUAGCUGAGCCUCUGCAGUCCCUGUGUGGGUUGUGUUCAUUUUCUUAAGGGACGUGCUAAAACCAUUACGAACGUAUCAACCAGCAAAAGAUGACUGUGCUGUGAUAUAGAACGAUGCACCUAUGUUGGCAAAACCACUUUAAUUGAGAAAGUGAAGCCCUGGAGGCCAGCUUUUGACUGAGCUGUUCCCUCAAACCACUGCAACUGUUGGGGAAAAAAUGGCAGCCAUCUCCUGGAGAAGUGAGAUUAUACAGGAAGAGGGCUCAGGAACCUUUUCAAUAAUGAAGUGUCCAUAGAUUUUUUUUUUAUACCUAAAUUUCCAUUGCUUCUGAAUUUGCAAUAU